AUGGAGCCAAAUCUUGAAGAAACAUGUUCUACUGCUCUUGAGCGAGCUCAAACAGAAGUUCUUAACUUAAUAAAUAACCCUCAAGUGCGGUGGGAAAAUUACAAAGAAAAGCAUGGCCUCACUCGGCAAAAAAUAGAAACAGACUCAGGAGCCUUAAUAAUUAAAUCUGCAGGAACUAUCAAUAAACCAGGACAAAUUGUAUUCGACACAUUAUGGGAUGACACAAAAAAGGUUGAAUGGAACUCAAAAUUAAAAGAAACCAGACUUCUCCAUGAAUUUGAUUCACGGAUAAGAAUAUAUUAUAACAGUUUCAAAUCGCCAUGGCCAGUCAAAAAUAGAGACUUUGUCUUUGCAACAAGGGCAAUUAGUCUUGGCGAUGACGCUUUGAUCACGAAAAUUAGCAUAAAUACUGCCCUUUGCCCUGAACAAGCUGGAUUUAUAAGAGGCGAAAUAAAAGGUUCAGGAAUCUUAAUACACCCUGUGGAUAAGAAUUCGUGUGUCUUGACCUUUGUGGUUAGCAUAGAUCCAAAAGGGUCAAUUCCAAGAUCAUUAGUAAAUAAGGCACAAGAAGAGCAGUCAUUAGCUGUGCAUGAUAUAAGGCAAUAUGUUUCAAGAUUAUAA